AUUAUUCUGUGUUCUUAAUCAGUGCUUACGUCCAUCCAUCCAUUUCCUACCGCUUGUCCCUUUCGGCGUCGCGGGCAGUGCUUACAUAUAUUUCGUUUAUUAGAGUGAACAUUGUUCAUAAUUCUUUGCAUCCGUAAACAUUAGUCCGCGCGCACUUCGACACUUCUCGUGCUGGCUUAGCUUGCUGGCUAGCUUAGCAUGUUAGCUGCUAACAAAAACCCAAAUGGCUAAGUAGAGAUCAAAUGUGAGUGUAAAGUGUUGUGAUUGUGUGAAAAUGUGCGAAAGAACGAUAGCAGAGUAUGAAGAGGAACUUUCUAGAACAAAAGAGGAGAAACGUCAACUACUGGACGCUGUUUACAAGAAACAUCAAGUUGUGUUACACAGAACAGACGUCCAGCAGCGCCCCCACAUUAAAGAGGAAGAGGAGGAUCCCCAGUCCCCUCACCUUAAAGAGGAAGAGGAGGAAUGUUGGAUCAUUCAGGAGGGAGAGUGUCUUCUAGGGCAGGAGGAGGAGGAUGUCAGCAAGUUUCCACUGACUGUUGUCUCUGUGAAGACUGAAGAGCAUGAAGACAAAGCACCUGAGUCCUCACAGCUUCAUCACAGUCCAAUCCAGCAGGAUCCAUCAGCAGAGGAGGCAGAUGACGAGGCCACACCCAAGGCCAAGAGGAAGAGGACCACCGCCUUCAGCGAGGAAGAGAAGGAGGAAAUCAUCGACUUCCUCCUGCAACAUGAGGUCCUCUACAGCAAACGCCUCGCCGGGUUCAAAGACGUCAGCAAGAAGGAGAAGCUGUGGGCGGCGCAGGCCGAGAAGAUGGGGAUGACGGUGGCGGACCUGAAGACCUGGUACACCAGUAUGCGCACAAUGCUCGGUCGGCUGAAGAAGAGGGCCAGGAAGAGCGCCAUGGCUGACCUGAACGCCACAGAGCAAUGGGUCUGGGACAAGUUUGGCUUCCUGCGGCCCCACAUCGAGACAGUGGAACCGAGGAACGCGGCCUUGUUUGCUACGUCAACUCAAGAAAUGGCCACUGAGGCCCCGGUGGCCAGCGCGAGCUCACCAACAGGAUCACAGGGGUCCUCGCAGCCAGGGUCACAGCAGGAGAGGAUGACCUCAGGAGAACUGAAGGACCUCCUGGUGGACUUUAUGACACGCGGCGCGUCGGGAACUGCCAGCUCCUUCUUCGGCAGAUACGUGGAAGAGAGCCUCUCCAAGCUGCCAGGGGACCUCAGAAGGGCAGCAGAGGUGAACAUUAUGCAGGAGCUUCACAGGGCCCAGACUGCGGCCGAGCAGAGGAGCACGGUACCCACGCGACCUGCCUUUGUGUACCGGCAGUCCAACCCGCAGGAGUACCAGGGGCUAGCGCAAAUUGGAAACGCUGUGCCACCUACUACACUUCAUGCCAGCUCUGACGUGCCACCAACUGCCACACCUGCAUCUCCCAUGGCGAAACAAACGGCACCAAUGGAUCAGAUAGUGCCAUUGGUACUACAAGUACUUCCAGUAUUUGAUAUCCGCCAGAUUCUCCGAGCCUCACCUGGGGGCAGGCUGAUAGUUCAGAGGCUUGAUGAGGAUGGUGUGAUCACAAUCAAGCAGAGGUAUUGCCUCGUCCGGAUUCUGGUGUCACAUGUCAUGGAGAAGUUUGGAGACAGCCCUAGCUCUCACACAAAAAACACGAUGGCUUCAUCUUUGGUCCAGACAUUCCCCUGCUUGAAAGACACAUCAGACAGUGGUCAUGAAAUAUGGUAUACCCAAGGCCGGAACUACCGUCCAGCCACUGGAUUCCUCGAAGAAAGGCUGAGGAAUAUUAGGAAGAGGAAGAGAUCAUUGAGCAGGCCAACCAGGCAAGAGGACAGCGAGCCUGAAAGGGUGUGCAUACCGGACUCUACCAUAUCCGACGAGAGAGCUGAACGGAUGAAGGAAUGGCUGAGACACAAUUCUCAGCCCCUGGGCCAGGUGUGGGCGUACAUGCAGGACACGGUCCUGUACAGGGCACGCUGGAUAAGAGUACAGAACUCUAAAAAUGUAUCGGAGAUCCUCAAAGAGUUCCCACAUCUGACUACUCAAGGCAUGAUUGCACAGGAUUUUCAGGUUUUACACGGAGAGGCGGCACCCAAACUCAGCGAAACAUGGCUGCCUGUAUACACCGAGAAGAUCCUGAGCCUGGCAAGACGUGAAGGGAAACUUGCGUUGCGUGCAGAUGAAAUGGCACUGGAUGCCAAGUGGGAACUGGCGUUCAAAGUAUUACCUGCAAUGCUUCCACCUACGGUAUAUAAAGUUGGCGGCAAAGUGUUCCGACACACGAUUGAGGAAUCCAGGUUGGCCUUCAUUGACUGUAGACCUGUCGGAACUAACAUUAUGGAGUACCUCCAGCACGCAGAGGUGUCGAGGUCAUACCCCUACGUUCUCUCUCUGGGAGACGACCGCCUGCAGUGCUCCUGUCAGUCAUUCGUUAUCCUAGCAGGUCAGGCUUUGGAGCAGAGCACACUGCUGGGGGCAGUCGACGUCUGCUUCAAGGCUUUUCAUAUCUUUGACAUCAGCUACCCCAAGCAGUGUGCCCCGGUUUGGGAAUUUCUCCAGAAAGUGGUCUAUGAAAUGGGCGGAGGUGAGUCCACGCCUGUGAACUUUCUGCACACAGCAAUACUUGCUUGCAAAUAGAGACCUUAGGAUUCGAUUGUUUUCCUUCUGCUGUCCAAAACUGUUUGGUAUUUGUGUAUUUUCACAGAGUUUGUCAUAGUUUUUGGAACACUCAUACUGGAGGUCAUGCUGUUCCAACAUACUGAAGUAAGCUAAUUUGCUGACAGUUGAUCUGUCAGUUUUGAAUUGGAUUGUUUUCAAAAUAAACCGUCAACUGUUUGUUGCACAUAUGUUGUUCUUAAAGCAGCACUAAGUAACUUUUCAAACUUCCACUUAUAUUUUCAUACCUUUUUGGAUGACACAUGGACUUUCAACCUUUACCAGUCAAAGAGCCAUUUUGACCGGUUUCACAAAUUAAAGAAAACAAUGGGAAGCCACAAAAAUCUUUUAAAAUUUAAAAUGAAAUAACACUUGUCGGAGGCAGAUAUUUACAUAUAUCCAAAUUUAAGUUGUACUUCUUCCAUUUCUUUGUCAUAUUUGAAAACAGCUCGUGUUUUCCACUUCUUCUCUUGAUGCUCUGUCAGCAAGCAAACUGUGUGUGUUAACCUUGAGUUCUUUGGAAUGUAUUAUGGCUAGGGAGACGUUGUGCUUGUGUUAUGGCUAGGGAGGGGGAAGGAAAGAGAGGUUUUUGGCGUUGGGAAGACAGACCAUUUUGGGAGGCGCGAUAGAAGGUUCUAGGGUUAGACUGGUCUCAAUCAAAAUGUAUAUUGGCAAAGCUUUGAGAAUAUACAACAAAAUACCUAUUCUGUCUCUGGUGGUUUUGUCAACUCAGCUUUAAGUGUCGGAAAGAACUUGGGAGCAAAUUGUGACUUGGAUUCCCUGGGAGGAACAACUGGUCCAAAACGCAACAAAUUAAAUUCGGAUAUAUGUAAAUAUCUGCCUCCGACACAAUGCAUACAAAGUUUUUUUUUUGCUUUGUGCUAUGUAUAAACCAAGGGUCUCAGACACGCGGCCCACACCUUAAUAUGAAAAUUGAAUGUUAGUGCGGCCCGCGAGUUUUAUAUGAAUGGCGCUUGACAGCGUCAUUCUUGUCAACCCUUCCGAUUUUCCCGGCAGACUACGAAUUUCAGGGCAACUAUUCUCUCGACCGUGCCAUGAUGGUACAGCAUUUAGCGCCCACUACAACCAGCGUGCCGGCCAUGCCACACGUUGUAUGGGGCUUCUGCUUGCUCACUGUCAUGUCUGUGUGAUCAUGUUUUUGUUUUGGUUAUGUUCGUUUUGGGUUUUGGACUUUUUGUGCACUUUUGUUUUGUCACCAUAGCAACCAUUAGUUUUCACCUGUCACGUCACGCACCUGUUUCACGUUUUGAGUCACGCACCUGCUUUCACUAAUCAUGUCCAUAAGUAUUUAAGUUCAUUCAUUUUCUGUUGUUCGUCCUGACGACCACAACACAUUUAUGCUCUGUUCAUGCCUGAUACUUCUUUUCAUGUCAAUUCCUCAAGCAACUACUUUUGUCCAAGCCAAGUAAGUUUUUGUUCCAUAUUUAUAGUCUUUUUGGUUUCAUAGUUUGUUCUCCGCCAUUGUGCGUGUUUUUUGUUUGUACUUUUUUGCUAUAGUCUUUUGGUUUUAUAGUUUAUUCUCCGCCACUGUGCGCGCUUUCAUUUAUUCCUUUUUUUUGAUAAUAAUAAAUCAUGUACCUUCAUUCCCGUCUCGCCCAUGCCAACUUUCCGUUGCAUCCCGGAAAAGCUAACACCCAGGACCAAGUCUUGACACUCACGUAAGUGACAGCAAGGCAUACUUGGUCAACAACCACACAGGUCACACUGACGGUGACGGUAUAAAAAACUUUAACACUCUUACUAAUAAUGCGCCACACUGUGAACCCACACCAGACAAGAAUGGCAAACACAUUUCGGGAGAACAUCUGCACCGUAACACAACAUAAACAUCCAUCCAUCCAUCUUCUUCCGCUUAUCCGAGGCCGGGUCGCGGGGGCAGCAGCCUAAGCAGGGAAGCCCAGACUUCCCUCUCCCCAGCCACUUCGUCCAGCUCCUCCCGGGGGAUCCCGAGGCGUUCCC